CAGUAGCAAAAUUGCUCAAGUUGCUGCUCAUAUCAAACAACAAGCUCAGAAUACACAAGAUGCACUCUCUAACAUAAUUCAAAAUAAUAUUACCACUAUUCCAAAAAAUCUUUCUCCUUAUAUGCCUACAAAAGAGGCUCUCUGA